GUGGAUUCAGGAAGUAAAUAUCUCCUCCCUCCUCGUAAUUCCACUUUGAGCGCCACAGACAGGUGCUACUACGCUUGCUGUCUCGCAGCUACCUGUCCGGUCACUGUAACGCGCCAGUGCGACAACAAAAGGUUCUAUUUGGGAUGUGACAGUUACUGAUGCUGCUGCCAUGCAGUCCCUAUUGUCUCAACAUCAAAAGUCUCAGGAUUCUGGUUCAUUGGCAUCUUCGUGCACUCUUUGGCCAGUGGACCUCAAGUUAACACACCUGGACUGGAACCCUGAAGACACUCUGAUUCACUUUCAGGGCCAGUACCUGACCAUAUGUGAACUGGACUAUAACAUAUUACAAGAAGAAGUACAGAACACACCAAAAACAGAGGUUGUCGUGGAUAUUGGAGAGUUUUGCCUCGUAGAAGAUGUAACUUCGGCCCACUGGUACAGAGGAAGAGUUCAGAGCAGAAAAGACGACGUGUGUGACGUGUUCCUCAUAGAUCACGGUAAUGUCUUGAGUGUUGACAUUGCCCAUGUAUCAUCCUGUUCAAAGGACCUUUUCAUUUUACCUCCAAAAAUAGUUUGUGGCUUUCUCGCAAACGUGCUGCUGCCUCAAAGUGUUUCUCCUUCUGUCUUUGAGGAUUACUUGUCAAGCCUGAUUGGAAGAAAUGUUACAGGUUACGUUCAAGCCCUCCUUCCCCACAAAGUCCUCUUAUUGGAAGCUCCUGACAUCAACAAUGACCUUGUUAGACAUGGGUUUGGGAGACACGUGGACACAGAGACCUUCCUCCUCCUGGUUGAGAUGCUCACAGAGGUGCCACUCAAACAAAACAUAGAGCCAGUCCCUGACUUGCUCAUUGAAAAGCCAGUAGGACAAGAGUUUUGCUUCAAAUCAACCAAUUUACACAGAUACAAAGACAUUUUGUCAUUCUGUAGGCAUAGGUUAAGUUUUGGGACACAAGCUAAGGUGCGAGUAACUGCAGCUGUCAACCCUAGGUUGUUUUACUGUCAGAUGGUCAGUAUGAAAACAGAUCUUUCAGAUAUGUCAAAGAAACUGGCUGCAGUUUGUGACAACAGAGCUAAAGAUUAUAGACAGAAAACUCAAGAAAAUGUGGGGUUACUGUGUUCCGUGAAAAGCAAAGAUGGGAAAUGGUACAGAGGUUUUGUGCCAUAUCUCCCCUUCAACUCCAAAGUCACAGUUCUGUUCAUCGACUAUGGUUUCUUUGAAUCUGUCAAAGUUGAUAAUGUCCACAGAUUGCCUCCUGAUCUCUACUCAAAACCCAUCAUGGCCUUUCCAUGCUCACUCUCUUGCCUAGACGACCAGGAUUACGCAGUCAAAGCUCAGCAGUUGAGUUUCCUUAAGGCAGGCUUGCUUGGGCGAGUAUUAGAUAUGGAGAUUUGUGGUUUUGACGAAGAACAGCAUCUGUACACCAUUAAUCUGAUAAGUGCUAUAGAGAAUUAUGUAAAAGAACCAGAAUCCGCCCAAGAGUUCCCAAAUCAGGAUGUGGAGUCUGUUUUUGUGAGCGCAGAUUUGUCACUUGAAGGUGGCGGUUUGUACUUUGACAAAGUGUUGGGGGAAGCACUGGGUAAAACAGUGGAAGAAGAAGAGGUGCAGGUGGACUCAGUCUUUGUGGGGUAUGUCGAGUAUGUCCAGAAUCCAAAUCAAUUCUGGAUCAGAACACAAAAACGCAAUGAAGAGUUUGAAGAAAUGAUGAGAAAAAUGGCCGAUCAUUUCGGUCAAGUGAAGCUGGAUGAAGACGUUCUCAAGAACCCUGCGCUUGGUACACUGUGCUGUGCGCUUCAUGAGGCUGACAUGCAUUUCUAUAGGGCUGUCAUCAUAGACUUUCUUGAGCAUGGAGCCGAAGUUCUUUUUAUAGAUUUUGGGAACAUUGAGAAAGUGCCACGCAUGUUGAUCAAGAAGAUACCAAAGGCGUUUGCCAGCAAGCCACCAUUUGCCAUUUGUUGUUCUCUUAAUGUUUUUCCCAUGGAUGAAGUCUGGACCAGUGCUGCCUCUGACUUCUUCAGACACAUUGUGUCACACAAAGCCCUGUCGGUCCAUGUUGUCCGUAAAAGAAAAAACAAAUUUGUUGUUGACCUCCAUGAGAUGGGGGAUGACAGCAAGCGGAGUGUCACUGAUUUUCUGAUCUCCUCCGAACAAAUUGAAUGCUGGAACAGCAGUUCAAAGAACAAUACAGAAAUGACAGAAAAAACGUCAGAGAUUAAUGGGAAAACAGAAGAAAAUUACGAAGAGGAAGAGAACACGUGCAAGAGUGAAAUCAAGGAAGCUCAAGCUCCUGUUGGCUUCAAGGCUCUGAUCAUCAAUCUUGGGUCUGAAUUUGCCGUAAGCUGCACUUGUAUCAACUCUCCAUCAGAUUUCUGGUGCUUGCCUCAAGAUAAGAUUCCAGCUUUGGACAAACUGAUGGAUAAAGUUCAGCAGUAUUACUCAACUAACACAGUCCCUCUCCAAUCAGGGCUUUCAUGUUGUGUUGCAAAGUCACCAGUAGACGGAAGGUGGUGCAGGGCCUUCAUCACUGAAAAACAGAAUAGUCAUGCCAAGGUGAUUUUGAUCGACUAUGGCUUUACCAUCCAGGUCAAGGAGAAGGAGCUUCAGGAAAUAAUGCCAGAAUUUGUUUCUUUGGAAGGACAAGCUUUCAGGUGCUGCUUUUCCAACCUGACUGAACCUACUGACGUCCACCAUUCUGGAGACUGGCACCUGGAGGUGUGUAAAGCUAUGAAGCAGUUUGUUACUGACAGUGGCAGUGUGCUAAAAUGUAGAAUUUUCUCUCAACUGAAUGUGAAAUGCAAGGGUCUCUACAAUGUUGUGGACCUCUACAACUCCCAAACCCAACAGACCUUAACAGAUUGGCUUGUGGGACAGGGCCUGGCAAGAGAGGCAACUGUCUCAACAAUGCAACUGUCAACAGUGUCACCAGAGUCUUUCGUCUACUCCUCAUAUGAUCUAAGUCCUGGACAUGAAGAACAGGUCUUCGUGACUCAUAUCAGCAGCCAGUGGGAGGUCUUCUGCCACCUUGAGAGAAACACUGAAAUAAUUGUGGAGCUUGAAAACAGAAUCUUCGAAGAGAGUGAGAAAAUGAAGCAAGCCAGUACAAGAGCUGUUGUGAGUAAACUGUGCCUGGCAAAAUACUUUGAUGGCAACUGGUACAGAGGCUUGGCGCAUCCCGUUCACUCACCUUUGCACCUCAAUGUAUUUUUUGUGGAUUACGGAAAUGCAAACAUAUCUGAGAAAACCCAUGUUAUGUUCAUUCCCAGAGACUCGACACAUUUGCUGUACACACCCAUGCAGGCGUUGAGGUUUUGUCUCACUUCAGUGUCCAAGGAGGAGCUUUAUGCAGAUGUCAAGGAAUGGCUUAGUAGUUCAGUCCUCAACAAACAAAUAAAAGCCAUCAUCAGCACAAAGAAUGAGGACGGUUCAUUUGAUGUUGAGCUGUUUGAUGGAGAUGUUAACAUCAAUGAGAAAGUAAAAGAGCUCAUUCUCAGCCUCAGGCCUCAACAAAAGACAGCUGUUACUUUUGUCACAAGGACCACAACGGUAAAGCCUAAAUUGUGUUUCCUCAAUAGAGGAAACACAAGGUUCAGGAGUCAACCUCGAGGGAGAUUUGCAGCUUCUCCUACGAUUAAGCCCUGCAGAAGUAGUGAAGUUAGGAAUGCACCUCAAAGAAAACGCAGUUACACGAAAUAUUAUGUUCAGAACACAAAAAUGAAACAACAGCUUAAGAACAAGUCAAAGAACUCUGAACAAAGAAAGUAUCAGGACACAAACACAAAACCAGAACCACAAGCAAACAAAACCGACGUUCCUCAGCUCUCAUGUUUGCCCGAGAAGAAGCUGAGCGCUGGGCUCAAGGCAAAGUGUUUUGUGUCCCACAUUGACUCAGUCAACUGUUUCUACCUUCAUCUGUCAGAGGACGAGCCUGCCAUCUUAAAAAUGUGCGAAGAUCUCAACUCGAGUUCCUUCAGGAAUUCCUUGAAAGCUGCCACAUCAUUGAGGAUCAAUGACCUUGUUCUGGCAGAGUAUGAAGAGGACGGCGCUCUGUAUCGUUCCAUCGUGAAGGACUACACAGGGAGUUUGUCCUCGGUGGAGUUUGUCGACUAUGGAAACACAGCCGUAGUGGGGAAGGAGAAAAUCAGCCCAAUGCCAAAGCAAUAUCUCUCUCAGCCGAGAUUUAGCAUAUCAUGUUCCCUGUUUGACACGAGCAUGUUUGAAAACGACAACACUUUCACCGAUGCUGUGAUGGAGAGGCCUCUAGUGGUGGAGUUUGUCUGUCAACGUGGAACUCUUUGGGAAGUCAAUGUUGAAGUACUUGACAGAGAUGUUUGUGUUACAGCAGCACCUGUUGAGAGCAGUUCUGUAAACGAAAAAGACGUGAAGGCUCCUGAGAGUUCACCUAACUUGGAAGAGGAAAUGACAACCUGUGAACUAGAAGAAAACAAAAACGAAACAUCUGAAAGCAUCGCGUGUGCUGCUCAAGGUGAAAUCAACAAGCCCAAAACACCCACUGUCACAUUUUUAACCAAACUGAAGUUGGAAACCAGGACACGUAAAAGAACACACUGUAGAUUUUCUAUCAACACAACGAGAGGUAAAAAUCGCACUGACAGACUCGUAUCGCUGACGAUUCAAGCUAAAGACAGGGAGAAUGGAACAGUUCUGUCGGUCCAGGGUAACGGCAGUUUUUACGUAAGACUUGCCAGGACAAGUUACCUGUUAGCUACGCUGGAAAAUCACAUAGCUAACAGCCUGUGCAAAUGCCUGCUAAUGGUCAAAGAUGUAAAACCAGGCUGCAGGUGUUUAGUUCAGGUAAACACAGAGAGAAAAUGGCACCGGGCGGUCGUUCAGCAUGUGAGUGAAGAGAAAUGUUACGUCCUCCUCGUGGAUCACGGAAUAACUGAGGAAAUUCCACGUGGAUCAAUGCGACAACAGUGUGGCAACCUGACAAAAAUCCCGUAUCUUGCCGUGAAAUGCAAGAUCAACAGCCUCGGGAUCACUGGAGCUGAAGAAUCAACGUGUGACACUAUCAAAUCGAUGAUUGGUCAAGACGUUGACCUGGUGUUUGCGCGUUACUCUGAAGUGGACGACCUUUGGAUGGUCGAGGUCGCUAUUAAUGUGUUUCUCAACAGUCAAAUCAAAUCACUGCCACUGGAUGAAGAGACGGUCGUGUUGAAUGCUGGAACUCUAAAAGAGGCAAGAGAAGAACCAAACGUGGACCCCAUCCUUCCCCAGCACCUCACGUUUGCUCCGGUCGAUGGGGACAAAGGACACUUUGGCUUUGCUGCGUCAGUAACGACUCCCUUCGAGUUCUGCGUGAUUCUUGAGGACUCGCUUGACAUCAUGAACAAAGCGUCCAUCAUGUUGGACAACCUCCCCGAGCAGAAGUCCCCUCUCCCUGAAGCCCACAUCGUCCGCGGCACCUGCUGCCUUCUAGAAUCGGACUCCAAGAACAAGUGGUGCAGAGCGGAGAUCGUACACGCCGACGCCACCGUGCUGCUACACCUGGUGGACUACGGUCACAGCGAGUGUUUGCCGUACAAAGACUGCACCAAGCUGAAGAGGCUUCCCGAGGAGCUACUGACACUGCCAAAAGGGACGCACCCGUGCGUGUUGCGAGGUGUUCGACCAGUGGGAGGAGCCCAACAGUGGACAAACGAGGCGGCCAUCUUCUUCCAGGAACAUUUGUACCAGAGGAACCUUCAGAUCUUCUUCAGAGAGUUUGUGGCGGACUCUCACUGGAAGGUGGACGUUUUGUCAGACGGCGUCCAUGUCGCCAAAGACCUGGUGGAGGCGGGACAUGCUACUUCUACAGACGUCAUGCUAGCACUCAGGCUCCAGAAGCGGAUUCACCAAAGAGAAGAGGAGGAUGAUGGGAAAUCCCACGUUUCAGCUGGGCUGACGGAGGAAGUGGCGGAGAGGAGGUCGCUCAGUGUUUUGACCGGAUCGACUCGAUGCGUCGUGAUAUGAUCGCAGGAAUCACCGCGACCACGCCUUCAGAUGUUUCUUCCACGUCCGGAGUCACAUGAUCACCAGACAUUUGUUUUUGUGUAAAGUUUACGCUUCAAGUCUUUGAACGGUGUUUAAAUUAAGUAUAAAUUCUUUUUAGUUUUAAUUUAAGAAUAUUUAAGUCGGCAGCUUCUUGUUUUUCCUGAGUUGAUAAAAAUGUCUUAAGUAUUUUCUGUAUAAGUUUUAACAUAAACAGCUGACUUUAUAUUAUUGUUUUAUUAAUGUUAGCAUUAAUUUUAUACCGUUUGUUAAAAGGUUCAGUCGUAAGAACGUAACUUUUUUUGUGACAAAUAAAAAUAAUGUUCUGUAAUUAAUAUAAAAAUCAAAAACAAGCAGUUUAGAGCUGAAUAAGUUUUGAUAGUGAAGUAUUUUGGUCGCCUUGGAUACAUUUUCAGACACAGUAAAACAUUUUAAAAAUGCAAAUUUUCAUCCUUUUUUUGACUUCUUUUCCUGUUCUGUAAAUUAACAAAUUCUGUUUUUAUAAAAACUUUUUGCUCCCAUUGCACUGGAGAAACACUCAAACUGAUCAGAAGUCAUGGUUAUCUUACAGUUUGUCCACUGGAUGGCGACACUGAGCCAUUAAUGACUCCUGUCCUUUGUCUGAAAAUAAGAAAAAGCACACGGAGGCUUCGCUGUUGAAAAAUCU